GUCCAGAGAAGCGCGUGACCGCAGGGACUGUGCAAAGAUAGUCCGACAUGUUCGCACGCUUCGCAUUAUCCUGUCUCUUGGCUGUAUUUUCCGUCUGUGCGCAAGACAAUAGGACCACCGUUUCACUGUCAUCUGGUCUGCAGAUUGUUGGCUUAAAGACGACAACCGUGAGGGGAGUCCCAUACUUCAGUUUUCGUGGGAUUCCUUACGCCGUUCCUCCGACUGGAAAAUUGCGCUACACGGAUCCCAUCCCUUACUCGUCUAAUGGCAGCGUGGAGGCACUGGAAGACGCGCCGCACUGCGCCCAAGAGAGCGGCGGAAAGGAGGACUGCCUCUACCUCAACGUCUACACACGGCAGCUCGACGGGUCGGAGGGAGGUGCUGCUGUAAUGGUGUAUCUCCAUGGGGGUGCACUCACCAGCGGUUCUGGAGAUUCGACUGUCUACGGUCCUGAUUUCUUCCUCGAAGUGGACGGUAUCGUCUUCAUCACCCUCAACUACAGACUCGGCGCAAUAGGUUUCUUGAGCACCCAGGAUUCCGUCAUCCGAGGCAACUACGGCUUCAAGGACCAGAUCGUCGCCCUGCGGUGGGUGCAGGAGAACAUCGCGGCCUUCGGCGGGGAUCCCGCCAGAGUGACGAUGAUUGGGGAGAGUGCGGGCAGCGCGUCCACCUCCCUGCACCUGAUGUCGCCUCUCUCUGCAGGUCUGUUCCAGAGGGCCAUCAUGCAGUCGAGCAGCGCCCUUGGUCCGCGGGGAGUGGCCACGACAGCCCGGGACAGAGCCUUCCGGUUGGCGGCCUCCAUUGGCUACCGGGGCGACAAUGGGUCCUCAGAAGAACUUUUGGCCUUCCUACGGGACGCAGACGUUGCUGACCUUGUCAGAGAUGAUGACCGUGCUCUCUCGGAUGAGGACAAGAAACGGUUCAGCACAUUUGCUUUCCUAGCCGUCGUAGAGGAGGAAUGGGAAGGAGCUUUCAUCACGGACACGCCAACUGGAAUCCUGGAAAGCGGACACGUCAACCGUGUGCCGCUCCUCGCGGGCUUUAAUUCUGCCGAGGGUCUGGCCACCGUUAACGCAAAAAACAUGUUCUUGGACGAGGAGACGAUCGCAGCUUUCGACGCCAGCUUUGUCGAUACGAUCAGCUUGGACGUCACCGCAGGCGAUGAGCAGUACCGCCAGGAGGCCGCACUGAAGAUACGCGAUUUCUACUUUGGUGGUGUCCCAAUCGACAGUGAGGACUUCAACCGUCUUGUUCAACUAAUCAGCGACCUCUACUACAACGAACCUGUCGACAUGACUGUACGUUUACUGGUCAAUGAAUCUGCUGACGUUCCUGUUUACGAAUAUAAAUUCUCAUACAAAGGCGAAAACAGCGCAUUUCCACAAUACGAAGGUGUUACGCAUGCAGAUGAACUGAAGCUGCUAUUCUACAUUCCAAAGAUGAAACAAAACCUGACAGAAACUUCCGAAGAGGACAUCACGAGAAGAAAGAUGAUUGACCUUUGGACAAAUUUUGCUAAAUCUGGGAACCCAACACCGAGCCCUGUGGACGGCGUGACGUGGCAGCCGUACGGAAGCGACGCCCAGCGCCACUACCUCAUCAUCGACACGACGCUCGUCGCCGCCAACGACGUCGACAGCGCAAGGAUGGACUUUAUGCACUCGGUCAUGCACCCUCCUGCAGAUGCGCCAGCAAGCACGUCGGCAGCACUGUACAAGAGGGACAUAGCGGCUUUUAUGCUGCAGUUCGUAAUAUUGCUGUGUAUGUCGCAUUAACAUAAAGGCAAAUGACAUGAGGCUAAUAAUUUAUGAUUUAAGUCAAUAAUUUACGUUCAGUAUCAUCCGUGAUUUUAUAUAGUAAAUGUGAACCAAUGUUUAAUUAUUGUCUAUUGUCGACUAAAACUUCCUGAUACUUUUUCCUCGUUAAAAUAUGUCACGAGAGAUAAUAGUUCUCCUUCCAUGUUGCCUUUCACGGAGUUACCUGAAAUAUUUUUAAAAUUGUUGAUGACUUUCAACUAUUAAAAUUAAAUUUGUCGUGCGACCAGUACGUAAGUUUGUUGACAGAUGAUGCUGCAUCAUUGGAAUGUACAAAAAGCUGUGAAAUGAACCCCAAAAUAAUAUGCCAACAUUGCAUUAAACACGGAGAAAAUAACCCCUGAAUUACACGAAACACUGACAUAAAAGCAGUCAGUUUAAUAGCCUCAUGCACUGAACAUCCUUCAAACAAAAAUGCAUGAGGAUAUGGGAGUUACACGCACUCAAGUGUUCUUGCACGCCAAGGUGCGCUUAUCACGAGGACGCGUAUUGACUCGUCUUUUUGAACUGAAAGAUGAGGUAAAAUAUUUACAUACACAACUCUGGUGUAAUAUUGUACAAUAUAUAUUACUUAUUUCACAACCCACUUUUCGGCUGUUAAGCCAUCAUUAGUUACAAAGAUAAGUAUAUGGGGCAGUGAAAUUUUGCUGGAUAAAAGAUUUUAAACUAGUGCAUCUACAGAGUAUCUCCAUUUCCAGAGACGAAAAUGUUAAGUUUAAGUUUAGGAAUAAAACAAGAGGGAUUAUUUCAGG